AUGAACGUUAGCCAAGGUGGUAGUAAGGUGAGCAACAUGGAUCCGAGGGGAUGCUAUGUGUGUGGACAAGUUGGACACUUCGCUCGAGCUUGUCCGACUAUCGAAGAAACGAAGAGUAGUAACUUGUCAACCGUCACAUGUUUCUACUGUGGCGAGUUAGGACACUAUGCGAACUCAUGUCCGUCAAAGCCGGCCAAACCGAACGCCCAAACUGUGAACCGUGCCCAGACAGCAAACCAAGUGAAGGAACCCCCAGCGAAGAAGCAAGCAACCCCAGCAAAUGUUUUUGUUUUAGGAGUAGAGCCACCCAAACCUUCGCAGGCCACGAAAGGCCCUAUAACAUCAUUGCAUUUUGUUAUAUUUGCUUUGCGUUUAGGAACAUUACUUGUUGGUGGUAACCCAACACAUGUACUGUUCGAUUCGGGAGCGUCCAAUAGUUUUGUGACUCCUGAAGUGGUUGACAAGUUUAGAGACUUGUGUGAGGAGGAAGAGGUGAACAUCAACGUCUACACUGCUGGUAAUCAACCACCGCUGAAGACAAGAAGAUGGGUCAAGGAAGUGUCGAUAGUCUUGCAAGAAACGAACCUCUCGGUAAAUCCUUUGGUGAUGCCAUUGGAUAGGUUCGACGCUAUUUUGGGAAUGGAUUAG